GGGCGGGGCCGAGGUUUCCGAGCGGGGUUUGGUGGCUUUACGCAACGGUGCUGUUUUCUUGCGCCCUGGGUUGCUGUGUAUGGGUAGGGGCUGAGAGGCUUUGAGUCCUUGCAUUUAUUUCUGCUAUUUUUCUUUUUGCGUCUAUUUCAUUCGGGAUUGUCGUUAAGGGAAGCCAUGGUUAUCAAGGUCUUCAUUGCAACCCAGUCCGGUUCCACCGCGAUUAAGAAGAAACAACAGGAUGUUCUGGGUUUCUUAGAAGCCAAUAAAAUUGACUUUAAAGAAAUGGAUAUAGCAGCAAAUGAGGACAACCGAAAGUGGAUGCGGGAAAAUGUUCCCGGGGAAAAGCGCCCUCAGAAUGGUAUUCCUCUUCCACCGCAGAUAUUUAAUGAUGAACUCUAUUGUGGGGACUUUGAUGCUUUCUUCAAUGCCAAAGAGGAUAAUGGAGUUUAUGCAUUUCUUGGUCUGACACCACCUCCUGGCUCGAAGGAAGCACAUCAAGCUGCAAUCAUCCAGAAUGGUGAAGUUUCAGAAAAUAAAGCAAUCCUUCAAUUGUGUAGAGCCACCGAAGAUCAGCUUGGAGGAAAUAAUGAAAUGUUGCAUAAUCACUUUGAACGGUCAACAGAUAUAAAUGAAAACAUUGGUGAGAGCAAAACUGCAAAGGAUGAGGAGCCUGCUCAGCAAAUGGUUGAGCCAGAAGACGCUGUAGGAGAAAUUCACAAACCUGAGUCUACUUCCGAAGGAGAAUUUGUGGAAAAAGAGGACAAGGAAGAAGAGGAACCAGUUUCGGAGAAUGAAGAAGAGCAGCCUGUAACUGAGGAGGAGGAAGAUGAAGAACCAGUGACUGAGGAUGAAGUGGAUGAAUCUUAAAACAAUAUUUUUGCUUUUAUAUGAUUUCAUCUGCAAGGGUUUAAGGAAGCAGAAGCCCUUGCAGAACAGCAGCAAGUGUAGGGACUUGACCUAGGAACAUUGGACCACCCACGGUGAUCUCAGAAAACAUGUUGGCACUGCCCAAAAAAAUUCUUCAAUUCAAAGCAUGGAUUUCAACAGAGGCAUAGCCUUCAAACCUCCAAUCCCUUUUGCAAACGUUGAGCCGCAACCAACCUUGCCCUUCCAUUUUGUAGAUGAUUUGGAUUCAAUGGACUUUGUAGAAGCAAAACUAAGUUUUUGGAAGUUAAUGCAAGCAGUCCCAUUUUGUAGGGCGUGAUUACACUCUGCUUUUGUUUCUGAAAAUUUCCUCUUUGGAAAUGCCAGUUAGAGCCUUAAAUCAAAGCUUGCCUCCAGAAAAGGAACUGCCAGUUCUUGCAAAACCUUGUGUCAUCUUAAUUAUGCCGAGUUGCCUAUUUUUUUCCUUUUUUUUUUUGCCUGUGUUCCUUUUACUGAAAUCAGUUGCUGUGAAUGUUGAAAAGAGUAAUUACUGAUAAUUGAUGCAAUGAAUUUUUUUUUAUAAAAUCUUGUUGUGUCUUUCAUGAUUUAGUUUAGUUUUGCAUUAAACAGAAGAAAGAAGGUUUAAUUAUGCCAUUCUCUGGCAAGCUUUGAUCUUUUAUUAGGAUUUUGUAUUCAUCCCCAAAUCUGGUGGUGCAUGUUGGUUUCAGUUCUAUGGAGUAGAUUUGUCUCUGUCUUGAGGCAUGCAGCCAAGAUUAGUCCUCCAUUCACAUUUCUUACAGCUACACAUUUUACAAUUUCAUGUUGGGCUCUAUUUAAAAUAGUCAUGGUAAUUGAAAUACUCAUACUUUGCUGCAAUAAGUUAUCAAAGUUAUGCAUUCUUCACAUGCCAAAGGAAUUUUAAAAUAUGGUUAGGUUAUGAAAAACAAAUGCACUCCUCACCCAACCUUUCUAUUAAUUAGCAACUGUUCUCCUCCAGACAUGUGCCUACUGAGGUAACUAUGGCAGACUAUUUUUGAUGGCAUCACAGCUGUGUCCCAUGUGCUCUUUGUCCAAUACUAAACACAAUAGAUAACAGCUGAAGCAGGAAGAUUGGUUGAUCUAUUUGUUUAACCCAAAGUGAUUUGACUAAUUACAGCAUACCAAUACUGCCUUGAUAAAUAUUUUCUAAUUUAACACAUGGGGAAUAAAACAGAAGUAAUUAUGGUUUGUAUUUCCCAACUUCACCUAUUGAAUAUAAAUGGAGCUCCCGAGUGAAACAAGUUGAAAGAAUAUUUCCUAUAAUUAAAAAGAGGAAAUACUGGAAAUAGGGAGCCAGGUAGAGAGCUAAUGUUUCAGAUCUCUGAAAGUUCUGAACAUUAAACAUCUGGUUCCCUCUCUACCCAUGCAGCUUGACAAAUUUCCAGCAUUUUCUGCUUUUUAUUUCAGAUUUUUCAUCUGGAUUAUUUUGUAUUUGGGCAAUGUUUCCUGGUGAUACCUUUCAGAAUGAUAAAUGUCCUAGGAAAAAAGAACAAACUGAUCUGAUCAUAAAAUGCCAUUUUAAUAAUUCUUAGAUAUAUCUGAGAGAAUUGUAUUAAAUGUAGUUUCUGUCUGAUGCCUCUGUUGCAUUCAUAAUCCAGGACAUGAUUAAAUCUACAGAUUCAUUACUAGCUCAUUAUUAGGGAUACCAAUAAAACUGCACAGUUUUUUUCAUUGGAUAUUAGUAUAUCAUUCAUGUAUACAGUGUGAAGAUUGUUAUAAACAUGUUGCAGUGAAGCCAUAAUCUCCUUUGGUGCACUUUUCCAAAUUUUUGUGAUAACUUCACGUCAUGUUUAAAAAAAAUAAUAGGAUCUAAUUCUUAAAGCACUAUCAUCUGUGUUCAAAAAUGGGCUGAAUUUGUUGUAACAGGGCAUCUAAUCAUGUCUGUUCUAUAUGAGCAAAAAACAAACUGCUGGAGGAACUCAGUGGGUUGAGCAGUAUCUGUGGGGGAGGAAAAGAACUGUUGAUGUUUUGGGUUGAGACCUUGCAUUUUUGUUUCAGAUUCCAGCAUCUGUAGUCUCUUGUGUCUCCAUUCGUUGUUGCCUUUUGCAUGUUUGAGUUUACAUCUUUUGUAUUAUAAUUUGCUGAAAUUGAGGUGAAAAUAUAAUGAGCGCAUCCAAGUGAACAGACCAAGCCGCCCCUUAACCAGUCAGAUUGGUGGGGUGAGGGACUGCAAAUGUUGGAAUUAAAAACA